CGUAAAGCUGGUCACUUUCUUGUCUUCUUUAUCUUCUUCUUCUUGUGAAGCGAUUUAGGGUUUAGAGGAAUGUUGUCUGGCUCGAGGUCAUAAAGAGUAAAUUUUUAACAAAUACAAAAAACUCUAAAUGAUUCUCGGACCAGGCUUCAUCCCCCUCAACCUAUUCGUCGCCAAUUUUCUAAAAACAUUUACUUUUAACGUCGUCGUUGAUUCAUGGUUGAGAAAAUAUUGUCAUUCAUACUUGGGUUUCUUAAGGUUAUUGUUCCAUCGAGGUUCAUUCUAUGAUUCAUGCUGCAGUGUUUGUUAUUAUAUAGCCAUUUACAAACUCCUCAAACAGCCAGAAUUAUUAAUGUUCUCUUAAAAUAUCAACCAUAUGUUUCAUUGUUUCCCCUUGAAGGUUUCAUCGAGUAUUUUUUCUUACGGCUAGUUUAUAGCCGUUCUUUUCUUACUACGAACAAAAAACUAAAGAAACAAAUCUGGAUCUGAAUGCAAAUCCUUGUGUUUCAGUUUCACUUUGAAAGAUAUUUCACUUUUCCCUUUUGGAAACGUAAGUAUGGGCCAUAUUCAUUCGUAUUAACUUUGGGAAAAAGUUCUAUUACUGCAUGUACGUUUGUGUGUGUUUGGUCAAAACUUAUUGUCACUUUGAAAAGGCAUUUAUAUAUUUCAACAAAGGUGAAAAAGUUAAGAGGAAAAAAGAGAGAUUACAAAGAGCAAAAGAAACAUUUGCACGUGAAUGAUGUGGAAACCAUAUGGCUUUCCGCUUUACUACUAAAAGUCUAGUCAAGUUGAAAUGUUAUUACACGUAACAUGAAAAAUGAAAACUAUAUUUUUCUCUUUUCCCCGUUGUUGGAGACUAUUCUGAUUGACAGAUUUGUUUUCCAUGAAUCAAACCUGACACUGACAGAGAGAAGAAUGGCCGUGUAUAUUAUUGAUUUUUUUAUAUAUGGGCGUAAAUUAUAAUUUCAAAAAUUUGGUAAGCAUUUUUGCUAUUUAACUCGUUUCUUAAAAGUCAUAUCGUCGGAGAUGAGAAGAUGAAACACUGGAGUGAAGAAGAAAGCGGUGAUUACAGGAAGAGUUUACUGUUGAUCAGUAAUUUUAUCAGUGAAGUCAGUUUCUUUAAUAUAAAAACGACACAACGAACCUGUUUCUUUUAAAUAAAACGACACAAACGAAACAUCGCCUUCGCUCGUCGGUUUAAACAAAGAACCUUUUUUUUUUUGCAAACGGUUAUUUUCUGUUAUUUUCUUUUCUCAUCUUUUCUGAACUAUUGUUUUGUUUGAUAUAUGGAGCCGCUUAACGUUGAAUGCGAUCUUCAGUCACUGAGAAGAUUAUAUAAUCUUCUUCUUCUCCAAUCAAAUGCAAACAAGGAAUAUGUACCACAAGCAUUUUUGUUAGAUGAGAAUUCACAGUUUCUACUAAAACGGUUGCUCGAUUCUGCGACGGGUGAACUUUUGGCUAGACAACACAAGGUACUUGCACAAGCACAGUUAAGUUUGCCAGAGAGGAGGGUCACUACACCGAGUACUACUAAAGUAAACUCUGUCUCGGGGGGUAUCGUCAAGUUGCCUAGCAAGGCUGCUUUAACACAUGAAGUCGUUGAUUCAAUCGAACGUAUCGAAACACAGCUUUCUGCUUUUCAGUUUUGUUCUACUCGUGGUGAAAAAACACGGUCUUGCAAACCUCCUAUGGAAGAAGAAGAAGGUUACUCAUCUUCUGGAAUGCCUUUUCAAAGGUUAAACGAGAAAGCGUUGAUAGAACCAAGACAAAGCUAUUUAAGGAGUAGGCAAAUGAGUCAGAAGACUUCAAGAACAUCGAGCGUAGCACCUAGCCUGAGAAGUGUUAAUAAUAAUAAUAAUGCAACCGUUCGAAGCCGUUACGAUGAUCAGAUUGUUCUGGUUAAACAGUCGAGACCGCCUUUACCGCCUCGUCCUCUGAGGUCCGUUGGUUUCGAGAAGCCUGGCAGAACGUCACAAAAGAUGGAGAGUAUGAAACCAACUUUGUUGUUAGAUCAAGGAACCGAGACAGGAACAAGCUCAGAAAGUGAAGAACAAGUUUAUUCAACAGAGCAAGAAUCUGACGAAGCCUCUGGGGAAACAGUGUCAACCUCUGGCUCAAGCUGGGAAACUCAUGCCGAGAGCGUCACCGGGUCAGAUUCAUCAUCAUAUCCAUCAGAGAGUGAUGAUGGUGAUGGUGAUGGUGAUGAGAACUCUCAAGCCAGCGAUUCUCCUCCACGUAACAGAUCAAGGGGUCCUGCAAAACAGAGGAAAAAGAGGACAGGGCGGCUUAAAAGAUUCAAGGACAAGCUAGGUAAAGUGUUCCACCAUCACCACUACCACCACCACGAGCAUCACAACAAGGACGGGGAGCAAGGCCGCAAGAAGCCAUCAGCGUGGAAGCAUUUAGUGAAGAAACAUCUCCAGAAAGACAAAGAGAAACUGGUCGAAAAGCGGAUGAAAACAGAAUCCAAAGGUGUGGCUACUACACAUAACAACAAAGGUGGGCAGUUUCAUGCGUUGGUGAAAGGGUUCGUGAGACAUCAUAGAAGUCACUCAAAGAACAAAAAUCAGAAGUUGCAAACAACCCCUAAGCGUCAUGGUGUUGUUGUCAAGCUUCCCAAAAGAGAGAGGGUUAAGUUAGAAAAAACAAAUUACUUGUGUAAUAAGUAUCAAGAACAUGAUGAAACCAAGUCUUAA